AUGGAUAACAGUUUCGGCUGCCAUGUCACUGAGUUUCUGACUGCACUUCAAGAAGUAGCUAAGAUGUCAGAAGGGGAUAUCUACGAAACCCUCAGGAGGAUAGCCAUCAAAAUCCACACUGAACAAUGGCCAUAUACACAAUGUCAGAAAGUGACCGAUAUUAUCAUCAGCUUCUUGAAUCAGAUGAAGCCAGAUAAAAAAAUGGAGGAUCGAUGCACCAGGACUUUAAUUGCUGUAGGCCUUCGGUCACCGAACAUCAUUGUCGAGAAGCUAUUGGGCACAGAGCAUCAGCCGCCCAGAAGCCUCUUGCUUGCAGCCAAGGAGAUCUGUGACAAGGAUGGGCCCAAGCAGUGCAUUGACCAGCUAUGGGACUACAUCUUGCGUCUUCUGCAGAUGAGUGAGGUGGAAGAGGAUAUGCUGGCCGUCUAUGAAGUGCUCAGAGCAGUGGUGUCCUGUGUCCAGAGGCAGCUGAAUGUGAAGGCUAGUGCUGAGGACAAAUUGGCGUUCCUCAAGAAAGCUGCCAUCAAAUCCUGUGACACAUUUCAGCUCUUACGUUACCAUUGGCCCCAGGCCCACAAACCCGAGGUUGUCCAGGAAAUUCUGCAGCUGUUUGGAAACCUUGUGUCACUAAUGCCGGUUUAUGAAGUAAAGGACGAAACUGACUGGUUAAUAGGAAAGUUAACAGACUUGCCGAUCAACAUGACUCCGUACAUCCAAGAGUGUUUAUUCCAAGUGCUGGAUGCUGUGCUCAUCAGUAAGACGGGGGGUUUCGACAAGGACUCUCAGGUGGACAGCACCAUAUUCCUCUUGUUCAAGCUGCUCCAUAUAAGUGGCAGAGGCUCAGAUCGGAGCCUCAUCUGGAGAUCUUUCAUGGCCCUGAUCACGUUACACAGUGACCGGGUGGUUCACUCACUCUUCAGAUACCUAAAGUUCAAGGACCCGGCCACACUUGACUUGACCCUUACUGUCUUCACAAAGGUGCUGCGUAAAUUGCCCAAGACGGAUGAGGUGAGGAGUGAGUUGUUACAAUCAGUGAUUGCACUGAUUCAGCGGGACAUCAGAUCUGUGCGCUUCCCUCUCCUGCAAUUUAUUGAGGUGCUGAACCGGCAUGACUACUUGGAGAAUCAGGAUGGGAAUCACCUCAUCUACCAUCUCAUCAGGCUAACUUUUACUGGACGUUCGGUCAAAAGGAGCUUCCGGCGGGAGUGUAUAGAGGUCCUUAAAACGAUCUCACUGCCCCAGCUCAUCACCGUGGUCUGUCAACCUAAAAACUGUGUGAUACUUGUGCCCAUGAGCACAAUCCUAUUGCAAAAGGCUCUGCUGGCUUAUUCCCUGGGCAACAUCCCCUACCUCAGCAGCUCUCACCUCAAGCCCACUCAGUUCAUCUCCCCACAGAAACUCCUGUUUCAUCUUGUGAUAAUCGCCUCCAAACCUUACCGAGAGAAAGGACUGGGAGUAAGCGCUCUCAAGUUACUGGGAGUAUUAUGCCCAAUGACACUGGAUCCUGACAUCCACUCCAGUGUCAUGGUGUUCUGCUCGAAGAAGAUCCCUGAACUCUUGUACAUCCUGAGAGAUAAUAAUAGGCUCAUGCUGAACAAAAAGGAAUGGGCGCAGAGGCUACUGAAGUUUUCCAGGUUGCUGUUAAUGAUCAUAAACGAUGAGGAGUGGCUGGAGCGACUCCUACUAGUCAUCAUGGAGAAGAUCAAUUGCUCAGACACAUUCUAUUUAAAGAACAAGGCUUUCCUCUAUAAAUUCUUUGGCUCUACACUGAGGGUGUCAAGAGGAAAGCAACUGGUGAAUACAAUGGUCUUUUCCCUCCUGCAAACAUCCCACCAGGAACCAAGAGAGAGAAAGGGCAUUGCAGUGGCGCUCAGUGUCGUGUCCAGGAGCCACCUGGAGACAGUCAUGGAGCAGCUGCAAGCUUGUGGUGCUGUGCUCACGGACCAGAACUCAUCACCCAUCCUCAAUGUGACAAAGGACCAUCAGCAGAGGGAAUGGGGUCUGGUGUGCAACACCAUCUACUCUAGCUUCAGCAGGGUCAUCAGAAUCAGCAGGGGAAACAUCUCCAAAUAUGCCAAUGACAUUCUGGCUUUCGCCAUCAACACAUACCAGGACUCCGUCAUAGUAAAGGACACCAACAUGAAGCUGGACUACCUGGACGCCCUGGCCAAAAUGACAACCGCCUUAUGCAAGCAGCCCUUGGCCCCUGGUACUCAGUUCCCCUCCGCACAGGGACUGGAGUGCCUUAUGGUGACAAUACUGAAGGAGGAGCCAAUGGAAGUCCUCUCCAGCUACAUUAGGGUGAAGGCCAUCAACCUGAUCAUUUCCAUAAGGAAGCUCGAGGACUUCUCAGGCAGGCAUGAAGAAACAGCAGCAGUUCUUCAAACCUGCUUGGAAAGUGUGCUCUGCCUCCCAUCCCCGUCCGAGUUGUUUCAGGAGCCUUUUGAGCACCUGCAGUCCCGGGCCAAUGCGGAUCUAUACAAGAGUACACUGGAAAGCCUCUUAAGGCUGAUGAAGGUUCUGGUUGAACAGAGGCCCUCUGGGACAGAGGAAUUCUUGGAGGGUUUCGGCAGGUGGAUCAAUUCCAGCAAACACUAUGAGCGGGAAUGGGCCUUGUGGAUCAUGUCACAGCUUUUAAGUUAUGUGGCAGAAAAGCAAAGUUUCAAAAAGGAAAUAAAGUUCACCAAACUGGAACUUCUGGUCAAGCUGCUGGCCCUGCGCUGUUAUGAUGAAAUGGACAAAGUCUGCAUCCUCUGUUCGCAGGCUGUCUACCACCUCUACCACAUUCUCCAGCAACAAGAAGAGAUGAAAAGAAAGAAAAUGGGCUUGGAGAGGGAAGAGAAAAGAAGUGUGAGCUAUAACGCCUACUCAUUCUAUAAGAAUUCAGUAUAUAAUAUUGGCAGAAACAGCGCGGCCAACAUUGCGAAGGCAUUUGCUGAGUUCUUUACCAAGACUCAGCUCACCAACCUGGUGCUGGACGCUCUGAAGUCUGUUACGGACAGCAUGGCCACCGUGUCUCUCCCUGCAGCACAGCUGAUGAGUGCCAUCAUGAAGGAGAGGGGCGGAGACGUGCUGCAGGCUGAGGAAGUGGCGAGAGGCAUCCUGAGUCGUCUCGAUUCCACGCUGGAGCCCCGCAUCAGGGAGGAGCUGCUGCAGGCCAUGUGCUGGCUGGCAGGCCACAGCACCUCCACCGUUGUGGCCCUGCUGCUCAGCCAGCCUCUGCCCUGGGACAGAACCCAGUUGGUCACAUGGAAGGCGUUUGGCGCUGACCGGGAAACCACAGUCCGCGUCCUCCAGCUGUUGGCGAGCAUCUUGGCCGAGAGAGACCCCUACAACGAUAGCAGGGAGAUGGACAUACAGCCUGUGGCGGUCUCCUGCGCAUUGCUGGCGAUUUUAGCAGGCUCAGUCUGCCAGGAGGCUGUUCAGAAACUCUAUCCCCGACUGCUGCUGGGUCUGCUCUGUGGUAUAUACUGGACAGCCGAAAAGAAUUCUCCCGAGCAGGGGGUAUUGUGUAGCAAGAUGGAAGACAGCAAGUCCUUCGAUCCCUUAAGUUGCACCCUCCAAGCCCUGAGGGCUCUGAUAGUGGCUGUGGAUUACACUACAGUGGUGACAUAUGCAGAUGAGGAGCACUGCUGGGAAAUCCUCAGUUCCCCGGAGUCCUUUCACCUAGGGGUCAUGACACUAAGCAGGGCCAUUGUGAAGAACUGCCCACAACAAGUAAUCAGUGAAAUUCUGGAUUUAGUCAUGAACAUGUUGGAGAGCCAAGAUCCUGGUCAGAAGCUCCUGGCACGAAGUGUCUAUGCAGAGCUCCUUUGCCACAGAGCAGUGGCAGAGGCUCUGGGGCAAGAAUCUUUAAAUACUUUCAUGAAAUACAUCAUUGAGCCUAAUGUCAUACUGAAGGAGAUCGGCGUAAUAGGUUUAAGAAAUCUCGCCCUACACCCCAAAACAGCAGAGACUCUAUCCACCAUGACUCAUGUCUUAAAAGAGCUACCGAGAAGUACACCCCGACUGAAAAUUCAUUCAAUGAAGACAUAUAGAAACAUUGUCAUCACUACCAAAGGAGUAUCCAAGGAUGUCUUCCGUACCACCUCGAAGGAACUGCGUCUACUUCUUAAUGAUGAGAAGAGAGAGGUGAGACUCUCAGCCACCUCCUCCCUGGGUGACAUGAUGAAAACGAUAAAUCAAUAUAAACAGGGGUCCUCUUUCAAAAAAGAGAUUCGCACCUUUCUUGUUCCAUUGCUGCUUAACCUUCAAGAAGAUGACAUCGAUAUGGUCAAGGUGUGUGCAGAGACCCUUGAAAAGUGGUGUAAGAUAAUAAAAUGGAAAUCACUCACCUCUAAGUUUAAACAUGCUAAUCUAAGCAAUCACAUUCAAGUUAUUGAAGACACCAUCAAACGCCUGGUACGCAAAAGAAAAAUGGACAUGUUGGGAAUGCUGUUCUUGGAAACCUUUGAAAUGCUUAAGAGCCCUCAGCCCUUCCAGAGUAUUAGUGCACUCCGUCUUAUAGGAAUCAUAUUAAAGAGUCUGCCUACAAUGCACCUGGAAGAUUCAGAAGUUAUAAAAACUGCUCUUGAAACAGCAAAUGAGUCCGUGCCAGACAUCCAGCAGUUGACUGCUGCCACUUUGGCAAACCUUAAUCUUAUUCCUGCUCCGAAGUUGGGAAAAAAUUGUCUCAGGAUAUUGUACAGACUAAUAUUACGAUCCAAUAGAAGCCGUCUUUUCAAGUCUAUUGAUGAGAAUGAAAGUGAGAAGAAAAGUAAAAGCAAGAUAAGCCCUAUUCGGGCCUGGUGGCAGAAGCACCGAGGAACCGUAAAAGAUUCCUCGCAAGUCUAGAAGAUGAAGUAGACCUAGAUUAUGAGUUCCACAUAUUUAUUAAGAAUGUUAAUAAAGGUUAGAUUCCAGUUUUAUAUAGUCUCUUGCUAUUGUGAGGUGGUCAUUGACAAUAUGAGGAAUACCCCCAAAGCAGGGCGUAUACCUGUGAACUAGUCAGUAUCUUUCUUGUUUUUCCCAAUAACUUUUGGAUAAGGGCUUCAUAUCAAAGGUAUAUAAGGUACUGGUAGAAUUUUGCAAAGAAAAAUUAUC